AUGUCCACCACCACCACCGCCACCGCCACCGAGACGCGCACCCACUACACCGUCCAGGGCGUCCUCUCCGACUACGAUCUCCAUCAUUCUCAGGACAGCGAUGCUGCUUCGAAUGCGCAACCCGAGCCCGCAAACGCACCGCAGAACCCAAGCUCCUGGCCAACCGCCUAUCGCCGCGUGCCUGCGUACCGCCCCGUCAACCCGGACCUCGACCCCAGCGAACGAAGGGUUUACCCCAGCCGCGUCGACCAGGCAUUUGUGGUGGUCAUGAUGACGGGCGUCUUCUUGCAGUCGGCUUCGUCAAAGGCGUGGCGAAACUCAAUGGGCCGCCUGUGGGAUCUACGCUACAAGAUUGGAGGCGAGUGGUGA